GUUCUACUCAUGGCUGGCAUCCAGGAGGAGCUCAUUCUUGUUAUGUGGCACAUGCUAUCUGAUAUACACCUAAAUAAGCCAUUCGUGAAAUCGUCAGGAUCGGUUCAUAUGAGUUGAAGUACUCUUGGUACAUGGUUGGUUGUCUGGACGGGUCUGGACCGACCACUGCUCCUCGCCGCAGAACAGAUGCAAAUAUCAAUCCUGACCGAGUCGAAGGCUAGACCAGGAUUUCGAGCAGGAAUGCGCCAAAAUUAGAACCGUGGUGCAAGCACAUUCUGGUACCGUCUAUCGUCCACGACUAUUUAUCGCGGGGAUAUGAUACGUCAUCUACCAAGCCCGGCCAAGGCGGGCAACAACCUGAACCAUAUUAUUUCCCCCACAAUCGCAUCUCAUCGUGGACCCCCUCCACAGACUUCUACCUCAGGGUAAUUGAUCACACAAUGACUCUGAUCUCUGCCUUUCGUCCACCAUCUACUCGGGUCUCGUCUUUGCGACUGAGGUCCCGCAAGCAGCGGGGAUCGCCCAAGCGUAGUCCUCGUCAGCGCAGCCGCGAACUGCGACGGGAACGGGGCGAGGAUGAGGAAGAUGAUAGCCACGAUGAAGAUGCGCACUCCAUAAUCACCCCGUCUAAACAUACUCCCAAAGCGAUUCGGGUCUUGCGUGGCUCCGUGGCUACUGGUGGUCCUCUGCGUCCCUUUCGUUUAGUCAAACAAGAUAUUUUGAACCUGCGUCGGCGAUAUGUCUCGGAUUGGAAGAUCUUCAACCAGCUGAUAUUCGCCAGUGCCGUCUAUGUUUUCUUCACUAAUCUUCUCCCGGGGAUCACCUUUGCCAGCGACCUCUACGUCUUGACUGGCCAGCAUUGGGGAACGAUUGAGGUGGUGUUCAGUACUGGGCUAUGUAGCAUAAUCUUCUCUUUAUUUUCCAUCCAGCCCUUGACUAUCCUUGGGGUCACUGGGCCCUUUUCAGUACUUGCAGAGAAUAUUUACAAACUCUGCGAUGAGGUCUUCAAGAUACCUUUCUUGCCUUUCAUGGCCUGGUCACUAAUACAUGCUGGCUGGCUACACUAUGUCCUGGCUAUCAUAAAUGCCCAUGAUUGGACAAUGCGAUAUGUCACAACAUUCGCCACGGAGAUAUUCUCCCUCCUCAAUAGCAUUAUCUACUUCCACAAGGCAAUCCAGGAGCUGGAACGAGCCCAUAACAGUCUCUCCUUCGCAGCUUUUCUGUACGCCGUCAUUGGUGCCGUUGGGACAAUGCUCUUGGCAAUCUUUCUGUCGACUGCAGAGAGCUGGCGUCCCUUGUUUCACCGAUACAUCCGCAUGGGCCUGACCGAGUAUGCCGCUGCAAUCUCCAUAAUUGUCUUCAUCGGACUUCCCCACAUCGGCGAAUUGGCUCAUCUGGAUAAGAUGACGCUCCCCGUCAGCACCUCCUUCAAGCCCACCUCUCCAGAUCGCAGCCAAUUCUUCGUCGAAUUCUGGCACCUACCCGUGACAUGGGUCUUCGCCGCCAUCCUCCCUGGGGUCAUCAUCACCAUCCUCUUUUUCUUUGACCACGAAGUCAGUUCUAUCAUCUGCACCAUCGACCGCUAUGGGACCCGCAAGCCCGGCGGCUUCGCGUGGGACAUCAUCCUCCUGGGUACCACCACAGCUCUCUGUGGGAUCUUGGGAAUUCCACCAGCCAAUGGCCUCCUCCCGCAAGCGCCUCUCCAUUCCGAAUCUCUUAUGCAUACCGAAAAGGAGCAGCGCACCAUCCUCGUCGACGGCGAGGAGAAGACCGAGACCUACGAGGUGAAACGCGUCUACGAGCAGCGCUGGUCAUCCUUUCUCCACGCAGCCGCCAUCCUCCUCUUCGUCAGCCCUCCCUUCAUGAAAGUCCUUGGUUUGACCCCCACCAGCGUUCUAGCCGGUCUUUUCAUGUUCAUGGGCGAGCAAAGUCUUUCCGUGAACCCAAUCCUCUACCGAACAUUCUACCUCCUCACCCCACCCUCCGAACUUCCCCCGCUCCCCGCCUCCCUCGCCACAACCCCCUCCAACCAAACAAGCAAUAACUCGGAACCAACCACCCAAGAAGAAGAUUCGGAAAAAACUCCCUCCUACAUCCCCAUCCACCUCUACACCCUCCUCCAAAUCAUCAUCACCGUCGCCAUCUUCAUCCUUACGCUCACGCGCGGCGCCCCCGCCUUCCCCGUACUGAUCGUCCUGCUCGUCCCCUUUCGCCUCCUGAUCAUGAACCGGUGGUGGCCCCGCGAGGUCCUUCGCUUCGUGGACGCGUGGGCAUGCAAGGAGGGGACGCCGGAGGACGACGAAGACGCCGAGACCGAAGCGCAAGCGCAAGCGGAGAGGAAGGGCGGGGCCCCGGGACAAGAGUCUUCGGGACCUGAUAAUGACGAAAUCAUCAUACCUGCUGGGACUGAGGCGGGCCAGGGGUCCUCCGGGGUGAGUUCCGAUAGUGGCGGUCUAUUUGUGGGGAGUCGGUAUGCCAAGGAUGGCGGGGAUCUGGGGAGUCGGUCGCACUUGAAGGAAGAGUUUGAGGAAUUGGAUCCGAGGGAGCUCGAUGGAGAAGGAAGGGAGUGGCUUGAGCUUGAGGGGUGGGGGCGGCGGCCGGAUGAGGAGGAGGGAAAGGGGCGGAGACGGGGUUGA